AUGGGAUUGUCGUACGCUGAUAGAUUUGGAAUUGCCUAUGGAACUGUCACUGGAAUUGGACUAUUGGUAGCUUUAAUUAUAUUUAUUGCCUGCAAAAGUAGACAAAGGCCAAACAACUCGACAAUACUUCUUCAACCUGGUUAUCAAAAUGUUGCUUACGGUCAGCCAGGCCAGCAGGUGAUAUUUACACCACAACCAGGCAACAUUCUAACACCAGUACAACAGACUACCAAUACAAACCCUGCAAUACCUUUGACAAUCCAGCAAGGUCAGACAUCAGGGACAGACUCAACUGUUACAAGUACUUUGGGAGCAGAAGGAACCUCACCAAUGUCACCCUACACUCAAGAAAAUAAAAAUAAAACAGACGGCCCACCACCAUAUAUUGUGUAAAGGCACUCAUUUACUUUUUGGGGGUAUACAAAUUAACACCCAGAAUAAAAUAUCAUGCAUGGAUUUGUUUUGAAACAUACAGAAACACAUAAAUAAUACAUUAGACGGGCUUGGUAAAUAAUUAAAACCUGUUCUAGAGCUGUCUCAAAGGUGUUUUAUAUUUCUACAAAUACUGUAUCUUAUUAUUAGAAUGCCCUUUUGAGAUGUACCUUUGUAUCAUUACUAUGAGAUGCUUCAGUAAGUAUGUUUAGAAUCUUGUAAUAGUUGGAAGUACUGAAGCAUUUCGAUUUAUGGUGUUUAAACAAAGGGGAAAAAAUCAAUCAAUAAAGAACAAGGUACGGUUUCAAUACAAAUCUUGCCCUGUGUUUUUCUUAAAAAUGAAGGUGAUGUAAAAAAUUAAAACUCAUGAUUUCUGAAUCAUUGAAAUUCCAUGCAGUAAGAACAUACAAAUCAUUUUUCUCACAUGACUUUCUAAAUGCUAAUUGUGACUUCAUAAACUUGUGCAUUUUCCCGUAUUUUCUUGAACAGUUGCAGAAGACACCAAUUUUCAAUAGAAUUUUUUUUCGGAUAAUAUUGUCCACGGGCAUCGCCCGAAAAGAUUUUGAGAUAUGUGAUUUUUCAAAGAAUUUUACUCAACAUACCCAAAAAUUAAAGUGAGCGACGGCUGUGCGCAGUAUUUUCUUCAGAAAAAUUACCCAUGAAAUGGGUCAUUUUGAGACUUUUCUGUCUAAAAUAGUCUAAGAGAAAGGCAUCAAAUUAAUGACGUCAUAUCUCCAGAAUGGUACUCCUUUAUGCAAUAUUCUUUCCUGAGUUUUCACAGUCAUAUACUCAACUAAUAUUUAAGCCAAUUUCAAAACUUUUUGAAAACACUGAAUUUUUUAGGGCACAAUGAAGCUAAAACUGUGCCUUCUUCUUUAAUCACAUAAUACCUUUAAUAUUCUUAAAUUUCUGUAAAAUACUGAGAUUGUCUUAUGCUUUGACAUUCUCGACAUAAA